GAGUCGCACACAGAGGAUUGGGGCACUCCUCAAAUAUCUGGUUCUGCAUUUCCAUUUUGUAUUGUCAUAAAACCCUAAACCCCGAAUUUCACUUGACAGUGUAGGGUUUCUUCCAUUUUCUCACCAUGCUAACCGCAAUCCUCAGAAGAGCUUCUUCCACUCUGUCAAGGCGCGCUUUCCCCGCCGCCUUAUUCUCCGCCUCCACCGCCGCCAGCAACAACCUCCGCCCACUCUCCGCCGCCUUCAAUUCCAGAACCUUCCACUCGCAACCGGGGCCCUUGAAUUUCCGCUCCUCGUUAUGUCACCGUGCGGAAUACGCCGUUGACGAUUUCCCUUACGAAGAAGGGUCCAAAGGGAACGCCGACGAAGGCCUCGAGAUCGCGAAGCUCGGCAUUUCUCAGGAUAUUGUCUCUGCUUUGGCCAAGAAAGGCAUCGCCAGGCUCUUCCCCAUUCAGAGGGCUGUGCUGGAACCUGCUAUGCAAGGUCGUGAUAUGAUUGGUCGAGCUAGAACUGGAACUGGGAAAACCCUUGCUUUUGGGAUUCCCAUCAUGGAUAAGAUCAUUCAGUUUAAUGCUAAGCAUGGGCGGGGAAGGGAUCCUUUGGCUUUGGUUUUGGCUCCGACCAGAGAGCUUGCGCGGCAGGUUGAAAAGGAGUUCUAUGAGGCAGCGCCUAGCUUGGAUACAAUUUGUGUUUAUGGGGGUACGCCCAUCUCUAAGCAGAUGAGGCAGCUGGAUUAUGGUGUUGAUAUUGCCGUGGGGACGCCUGGUCGGAUUAUUGACCUUCUCAGCAGAGGUGCUCUAAAUUUGAAGGAAGUUCAAUUUGUUGUUCUUGAUGAAGCUGAUCAGAUGCUUCAAGUGGGCUUUCAGGAAGAUGUGGAGAAGAUCUUGGAGAGGUUGCCCCCAAAACGUCAGACUCUUAUGUUCUCUGCAACCAUGCCGUCUUGGAUAAAACAGAUUACACGCAAUUACUUGAAUAAUCCCCUCACCAUUGAUCUUGUUGGAGAUUCUGAUCAGAAGUUGGCAGAUGGGAUUUCACUGUUCUCCAUUGCAACUGAUUUGUAUGUUAAAGCGGGAAUUCUUGCACCUCUAAUAACAGAACAUGCAAAAGGAGGGAAGUGUAUUGUUUUCACUCAAACAAAACGUGAUGCUGAUCGGCUAUCGAAUGCCAUGGCAAGAAGUGUUCAAUGUGAGGCUUUGCAUGGAGACAUAUCACAAGCUCAGAGGGAAAAAACUCUUGCUGGCUUCAGAAAUGGCCAUUUUAAUGUUUUAGUGGCCACUGAUGUUGCCUCACGUGGGCUUGAUAUCCCUAAUGUUGAUCUUGUAAUACAUUAUGAUCUUCCCAAUAAUUCGGAGAUAUUUGUUCAUCGAUCUGGACGAACAGGGCGUGCUGGUAAGAAAGGAACUGCUAUUCUUGUAUAUACAGAUGAUCAAUCCAGGGCUGUUAAGCUAAUUGAGCGUGAUGUGGGCUGUAGAUUUACAGAGCUACCACGGAUUGCUGUUGAUAGGGCAUCAGUGGACACAUUUGGCGGUAUGGGUGGUGGUGGUGGGCGAUUUGGUUCUUUUGGAGGUACAAGGGAUCGUGGUAGAUAUGGUGAUACAGGUUUUGGCCGUGGUCUUGGAUCUGGCCGCUCUAGCUAUGGAAAUUCUGGUGAGAGGUUUGGUGGACAGAAUUAUAACCGUUUUGAUGGCCCUGGUUUGAGUCAAUCAGGAGGGGGAUUUUCAGGUAAUUCAUCUGGUCGUUUUGGCUCAUCUGGUGGCAUUGUUUCAGGUCAAUCAGGUAGUAGAUCCGGUGGAUCAUCAAGUGGGUUUAAGUUUGGUCGUCAAGAUGAUUUUGGGGGAUUUGGUGGUUCAGAUCGUUCAGGUGGUUUUGGAGAUCGCGGCUCAGGUCAGCGUAGUGGUUUUGGUGAUUCUCGUGGUAGUAAUAGAAGACCUUUUUAACUUAAAAAAUAUAAAAGAAUGCACCAUCCUUAUUUAUUGGUGGUUUAGUACUGGUAGAGUUUGCUUCUGUCAUUUACUCAAACUUACAGGCAACUUGGCUAAUCCUUGUAUUACCAAGUAUUUCAGAAGGUCAUAUAGUAUAUCAUAAGAAUCAGAAGUUCUACGGGCAUUGGAUUUUUCUUUUUUGGCACUUCUGGCUCAGCCUCAGCUGUAUUAUUUUUUGAAACAUUAAGAGAAGGAAAGGGAGGGGGCUGUAUUCUGCGUGGGUUCCAUCAUCUGCCUUGAAUAUUUGUAUGGCUCAUUACUUCUCUAUGGAUAUUGGAUCACAUCCUGAAAAUGCGUAUGCAUGGGCAGUUUUGAAGAGACAGCUGUAUGGAGUGGUGAUUCAAUUUAUUUAGUGUAUGUGUUCCUCAAAGUGGUUAAGGGCAGAUAAAGUAUCUUAGAAAAGCUGUAGGGUACUUUGCUGUUUUGUUUUUAUACUAAAAGAUUAUGAUGCCAGAAAAACUCCUAAUAUGUAAUUUACGUACGAGUAUUUUGACUUUAGCCCCCACGCUGGGUUACUUCUGGGGCUUGUUAAAAUAAUGAAAUUCAGGUUGAUGAGA